CCCGCCAUGCGCGGUGGAGGCGGCGCGGCUCCAAGAUGGCGGCGCCCGGUGGGGAGGCGGCGGAGGGUGGGUUCGCGGCCUGGCUGGCGGGGCGGCUGGAGGAGCUGGGCCUCGACCGCGCCGUCUACGGCGCCUACAUCGAGGGGCUGCUCCGCGGGGAGGAGAGCGAUGAGGAGCGGCUGGAAGCGCUGCGAGGCGUCCUGGCCGCCUGCCUGGAAGAAGAUGUCUUGAACGAUGUUUGCAGGGAAGUGGUGGAGAAGUGGUCUGAGUCUCAGAUUGUUGACGCCAAAGAGGAAAAAGAAGAUGAGGUCCAGGCCCUCGCCAGCAUGAUGGAGAAACAGGCCAGGAUCGUGGUGAAGCCCAAGGAGGUGUCCCAGGAGGAGAAGCAGAGGAAAGCUGCCCUCCUGGCCCAGUACGCCAACGUGACCGAUGAGGAGGAUGGCGAGGAUGAACAGGACGGAUCGAUUGGGACAGCAGUAAAUAUUGGAUCAGAGAAAUCGCUGUUCCGAAACACCAACGUGGAGGACGUCCUGAACGCCAGGAAGCUGGAACGGGAGCUGCUGCGAGACGAGUUCCAGAAGAAAAAAGAGCAAGAUAAGCUGCAGCGGGAGAAGGACAAGUUGGCCAAGCAGGAGCGGAAGGAGAAGGAGAAGAAAAGGACACAAAAAGGCGAGCGGAAGCGAUAGCUGGGGUUUUGCAGUUGGACUCUCAAGGCAUAAAAUUAAUUAAGAAUACGGUGUGUGUUUAAAAAGCAGAAGAAAUUCUGGGCACGUUGCUGGCGAGUGGUUCUUUGGAAGUGUUUUUCCUUUUUUUUUUUCUUUUUCUUUUUUU